AUGGAUGGGGUACUACGUUCCCUCUGCCCAGCUCACCAGUCUUUGCUCUACCAAAUCCUGAAGCUAGCUCACCAGGAGCAACUGCUGCCGUUAUUUAACCACAGACAAGUUGGUCAGACUGAAUCUCACUGCUGUCACUGUGGUGUACCACCACAGGAUAACAUUGCACCUCAUCCAGUCCGUUUUAGUGAAUGUAAAGCCCUCGGCCACGGCCUGUGCUGCCCGUCGGUCGAUUCUGGCCAACAAACUCAGUGCGGCGGCGCCUACCAUUCCGAAGCCUCAAAGUCCAGCUGUAGCAUCCAUCAUCACUCUCUCAGAGGCUGCAACAGUGAAGGUCAGCGGGGCUCAAACUACAGUUGCGUGCAGCGGUGCAGGACGGAAAGCUAUGGCGUUCUGUGUUCUAAGAGGCUGCAUUGCCUCUCCUGCCAAAACCAAGCCAUCGGCCGCAUAAACAGCAUAGUGCAUUCUUUUGCAUCGUCUCCUCUGUUAUCCCAGUCCUCGCUGUGCGCUCCCCCCUCUAGAUUAUGUGCAUCGGUGUGCUGCACAAAGAACGAGGGGGACUCUAGUUCGUGUUAUCCAAACCACAUCUGUCUGAGACACAUCAGGAACGCAGUCGAAAAAUGCACCGGAGAAGGAGAUCAUCACUGCCCUGUCCUCAAAAGAGAGCAAAGCCCCUCUCCUCCCCCUCUUUCACCCAUCCCCACAGACGUGGAGAAAAAAGCAGACGAAAAACCACCAUCCCUCCUCCACCACAGACAGGGGGAGGAACCUGACCCUAUGGGUGGAAGCAGACCAGUAAGUUGCAGCCUCAUGGUGGCGGAUAUGUUUGCAGCCGGAGAAAAUGAGCCGCAGUGCAAAGCCCUGGUUAGUAAGCGGGCUCAUCAGAACCCAAGUGGGGCUUCGCUGCAAGAUGUCGUGACUCGUUUCAGUCAGAAACUGGAAACGAUCACAUCACUAGACAAGGACCCUGCGCCUAUUUCCACGGCGAUCUACGCUUCUGAGAAAGAGCAGCCGCAAUUUCCCUCGACCAGUCAGAGCCCGCAGUGCCACGCUGACGCUCAUCUGACUGAAAUCAUCACCACGGUGCUGCACACCGGCAGCUCUAGCGACUACAGUCUUAGUGAGCUGUUCAACAAGCAUGAUAACAUAGCCCCAAAGUCACCCAAUACUCGCGCUCGCCGUCGCAAGGAAGUCAUGAACGCCAUAGCAACCCGUGCCGAUGAUGCGUACACCAGAAGGCAAACUUUACAAAUCAAACGGGAUCUGGCCAUGCUGGAUCAGUCUUGUAAUAGGAGGAAGAGACCCACAGCAAAGAGGGCAAGACUAAAAGAUGGGGCCGUUUCAGUAACUGCAUCGGGUACUCCAUCAGACCCUGACCUAGAUAAAGCAGUCUCUAAAAGAGAAAUUGAAGCUGGUGUAGAGCAACUAGAGAGCCAUAUGGCUGGGGAGGGGACACUGAUCGAGCUCACAAGGGAAGAAGAUGAGGAGGAAGCUAAAGAGAAUAUACAGGCAGUUAUAGUACCAGACGAUCUACGGGGUGUUAGUGAAGAGCAAGAAAGGGAGAUACCGACUGAGAGAAAAGAACUUGCUUCAACAAGUGCUGAGGCACACCGUCCCGGGCAAAAGAGUACAGAUGAAACAAGGGACUCAAACGUAAAAACAGAGGUUGUAACAGAGACUGCAGUUGCUGUGACUCCGUUGGGCGGUCUCGUUGGAGAAGAUUGUAAAGGUGUUAAUGAGGCAAGUGAUAAAAACCAAGCAGAAGUCCUACCGAUACAAAGCUCCGAGCCCCGAAUGUUCUUUACAACCAGUUUGUCUGAAGGGAUGAGCAACAGUACACAAGAUGACGAGGCUCUGACACCUAGCAUCCUGCAUGAUGUAGCCAAAGAUCGUGAUGCUCAUGACACUCCUAAAUCAAGAAGUGAUGCCCAUCUAUCAGAGUGUACAAAGACGCUUCCCUUUGAACUCAAACAGGAAGAACAAUGUGAAAUAUCUGUAUCCUCGCCAGCAAAGUCUCCAUCUUCACCAUCUAAGUCGGCAUCCUCGCCCAGGUCUGUGCCCUCAUCACCUAAAAACUGCCUUCGAAAAUCUGCUGAUUGUACUCCCUCCAAGUCUUUAUCCGGAUCUGAGGCUCGGCGAUCACCGGGUGACUUGCCACCUGUCAAUGAAACCACUCCUCCAAAAAGACGCCCAGGUCGGCCAAAAAAGCUGGGACCACGUUUGGAACAAAAAGCCAAGAGGCCCAUUGGUCGACCACGUAAACAGAUUGCUGCAGAUUCUGCAGAAGAGGCAAAAUCAUCGAACAGUAAAUGUCUGACUGGAUCUGAUGUUGACGACAGUGUGAACAAGAACCUCAAAAUAACCGUUUUGUACGGUCGUUCAAGGAGAAACAAACGAAUGGUGUCUGAGAGCUUUGACCAGCUACAAACAGACUUCAGUGACGCACUGCAAAAAGUGGAUAUUGGAAGCGACUUGAGCAUUUUAUUGCACCGCUCUAAGACCUUAGGUACUAUCAAAAGGGCUUCGGAGGAACUAAGUUUUGCCAGCCCCGCGAUGGAGCCCGCCCCUCAGUCUAACGGCAACGUCAAAUUUUUAGGGCAGGAGGAAUCCACACCCUCACGGAAACCAGGCAGACCGGCGAAAGUGAAAAUAUCUGGAAUCUCGGUCACCGUCACCACAGUGUCGCCUCGGCAACGCAAAAUUCAGCUAGACAAAGACACUCGGCAAUCGUCCGAAACGCAGCCUCACAAGAAGGCGCUGCUGUCAGAUGGGAAAUCUGCCAAAGAUCCCUGGACAAUCAGCCGUCAGCCGACAAGCAAGAGCACGCGAAAGGAAGAGGGGCUGGAAGCGAGGACCCAGUGUAAAGACGAGCUCCCACAUCAGCCCGCACCGGUGCGACACUCGAUGCGGGUGAGAAAACCCUCCAUCCACUUUCUGCAUGCCGUGGCUACAUCCGGCUUCAGAUCAUACAGCCGCAGCAACGCGCUGCUGCGGCGCUCCAAACAGCUCCUGCUCACAAAGGAAAGCAACGAAAGGAGGCAGGAGCAGCGGAACAGCGCCGAGGCGUCGGCCGAGAAACGACGGCCCGGCGGAAGAGCCAGAGCCACGGUUUCUCAGGAUCUGAGCAAAGUGGCGGAGGCGUCCGUCGAUUCGGUCUUCAGCCCGAACAGGACGCUGAGGUGGUGGGCACCGUCCGCCGAGGAGAAGACGUUGAACCAAGAGCUGGCCAGGCGCAUACGAGUCAUCUCUGACACGUGGGUUGCAGACACCGCUGAGGGCCAAGAAAAAGAAAGGACCUUGAAUUCCAAACUCGACAACAAAGGGAACGGCGCAUUCGCAAGGAAGUCGAAACAUCCCUCUGUGGUCCGAAUGCUGUUUGACUGCUCCCCAACCAGACCGAGGUCCUGCAGCAUGCAGCAGAUCCGCUCCUGGUUCAUGGAGACCACAGAGACUCAGUCUUUGGCCAUUGUCAAAAAGGCCAGCUCCCGCAAUCCGUACGAGCUCCUACACUUUCCUCGUUCGGCCAAUAAGAAGAGCACCCGCCACAGUCCCCAGGCAGAGAGACUCCGCAAACACGUCAAGAAGUUUGCCACAACCGUGCCAAAAAGUCCUCUGCAGCAUCAGCAGGCUCAGCAGCAGCUGAGGAGGAGGAAGGACAUCAGGCGACGGCUUUUUGCCUCCAGCCGAGCGGCGGGCAAACGCCGCCGGGGAGCUUUGUGGCGGAGACGCAGUUCUUCAGGUAGAUAUCAGGCCACCCUGGUAAGGGCAAGGUCUCGGUUCCUUACGUGUAAAGAAAGGAAUAGGUGGCAAAAGAAACUAAAAAAGCGAAGAAAAGAAGCCCCCCGCUUCUCGGGUGGACCUGACGCAACUGGACCCCGACCGGGACGCAAAGCGUCGACAAAAGAUCGGUUCUCCGACAGUUUCGAGACGGGUCCCACCGCCUGCUCUGCUAGCCAAACUCAGGAACUUGUGGAUGCAAACAAAGAGCAGAAGCUCUGUUCAAAAGCCUGGAGUCCCGAGACCCUGAAGGAGUGCCGGGUGUUUCUGAGAAAGAUCAACUCUCCAGACAGUGAGUCAGCGGAGGAGGAGUGGGAGUCCUGCACCGUCACACUGGAUGACGGGUCACCCUCUGCUUACCUCUUUGCAGGGCAGGAGAGGGAACUGGUCGGAGUUGUUAAAGCUGUGAAAAGUGAGGGAAAAGGGAGCAUGAGUAAGAGGACCGCCUCUAAAGAGCAGACAGUUUCUGCAGUUAAUUCAGUACAGAAGCAGGAGGCAGUUCCAGAGGAGAGGGAGCGGGGUAAAUACAAGAGUCCCAUGGGUGUGUCGGCCGAACUACCACAACCACCACCAGCGAAAACGUUGAGACAAUCGCGAAUGAGAGGCCUGUCUGGGCCCAAAUGGUGCGACUUCGUGUUGGGAAACUAAUCGAAGCGCGAAGCCGCCUCCUCUUGGGAAAGGAACUGUGGUUUGUAAUGGUGCCUUUGGACGUUGAGCUGACCAUGUGGACUGACUAUCCAACUAUGGGUCAGUCUUGCACUCAGCAGUUAUGUAGCAUUCUAACUUAAAAGCUUGACGUUGCACUAUUUUUAUCCAUGGAUUCAUGUUUGUUUUUUUUGCUCUUUUUUUGUGUGUGUGCGUGUUUCUUUUAAAUUUGCUGAGUUGAGAACAACUCCCUGCAUCCGAUGUUUUAUUGGGAUAAGUAAACCUCUUGUGAGUCUUGCUAGUGAAGCCAUGUUUUAAGGAAGGGCGGGGCUCAACUGUAUUAGUGCAUUUCUCUCACCCUGAGCACCCCCCCCUUAUGAAGGUCAACACAGCUUCUUGAAAUUCUGUAACUUUACCACUUCAAGACACUCCUGCUCUAAACCCUGCCAAACUUACUGUUUUAUUAUUUAUUUGUAACACUUACUAUAGAGCUCUUGAUAUUCUAAAAGAAUUAAGUAAUUUUUAUCAUAAAAAGAUAUUGACAUUAUUUGUUGUUUUCUGCAUUUAAGUAGCCAAAUAACAUUUCAUAAUGAAGGACUGGUUAGGACCUGCCCACGCCCAAUUUUGUUUUAGACAAUAAGCGGCUGUAAUCCUCUACUGACAUCUCGGCACCAAAUAGAAUGUACAUUGGCUCCACUUUCAGUCCCAAAACCGCACCGACCCACAAGAGGUGUGAGAAAUGAUCAAGAAAAUGGCAUUAUACAAACGUAGAGCAUACCUCCUGCUCCUUUUGAUGGGUUGUGGGAUCUGUCCGUUCUCGCCCACAGCUGGAUGUCGCCGCCAGAUGUACCUCUUGCACUAUCCCAUUUGAGAUUAUUAAUCCCGCAGUUCAGAUUCCUCCUCCAUUUUUGCACAUUGUGUGUCCCACUAGCAACCCCUACUGUAAACCUAGAGGAUCUCUUCGGUGCAAUACAAACCCAGAUGGUUUAUCAUUAUGUAGAAAUAGGUUUAUUGCUGACAGAUGAAUGGAUGUACACGAGUCCCAGUGGCCUAGGAUGUUAAGUUCAUCUGUCUCCACAGCCAUGAUGGGUUGAGAUUUCAGCCAUUUAAGAUCCGAGGCGCGUUGUUGGCUCUGGCGUUACCCUCACAUUGGUUAGAGGGAAUUAGCCAGACAGUUGUUUUUCACAUUUGCUCUACUAUCGACUGAAAGAAGCAGAGGAAUGACUAAAAGCUAACAGCUGCCAUAGCAUUAAUUUAAAUUUUUUUUUUUUUUAAUCAUAGCAUUAUUCACUGUUUAAAGACAUUUAGCUGUUUCUCUGGAGUUCUCUUUUUGUUUGGUCUUUCCUUUUCCCUCACGUUGCAGCAAGAGACGCCUGCCUACCUCCACUGGGGCUCUGCUAGGCCUACUGCUCUUGAGCUUAUCAGCCGUCACAGAUGAGGCUAGAGUCGAUCAAUAAAAGCAAAUUCCGGAUCAGUUUGUUUUCCUGCCACGUGCUGGAACGCUGCUGGAUCCACUGUCUGGCUUUUUUAGCUCAGAACUCAACCCCAUAGUGAGUAUAGUGCCUAACUCCCCUUUGUAUAUACGUGUGUCACUAUGGUAACCCUUUCAGCCUGAGGGAGGUGGAAAAGGCUCAGCCCUGUGAGAAUAGACCAUCGUCUCUUUGUUUGAAGAACCUGGUGCUAAAAACCUGUUGUAUAUUUUCUUUAUCAUGUUUUUAUACCGUUCAUUACAGAUGCAACACAGGUGUCUGUGACUGGAUCAAUAAAGAGUUUUCAACUAACA